AUGUACUACUACGAUUGUACCAGCUAUUCCAUGAGUCACUACACCGUACUGAAUGGACAGAAGAUUCUUGGAAGCAUUUCCAGUGUGGCAGGUUGCAAUAAAGAGUACUACACAAACUACCAUGGCGGCAUUUUCCAUCUGAAUCGCGGAGAUACCCUCAAAGUGGAAGUGUACAAGAGUAAGAAGUAUUUUAUGGAAGCGCAGCUUACAUACUUUGGAUUGUACAUGUUGUAUCCCGAUUGAAAUGAUGUCGGAAAUCGUUCAACUCCAAAUGCAAUCAUACGUCCCUCAUUCUUGAUGUUACUGCGGUAGAACAGGUUGCACCUUCAAAAAACAUUACCUGUUAAGUUUUUUCCAUGUAGAGACAUCAAAAAUAUAUCCUCCAAAAAGGAGUAUCGACAUUACUAAAACAACGUAUAACAUAGCGGUUUUAUGGUCAACUCUAAUCUUGUACAGUCCCUUAAGUUAGAACACCCUGUAUAACAUAAUAAGUAGUACCACAAGAAAAUACUGCAUUGGGAAAUCAUUUAAGUAAACGCGCGAGAGCUCCUACAACGCAAUUCGUGCUUAAAGAAAAAUUAUAAAAAAACAAUAGCAAUAUCGGCAUUGCCAUCGGAGUGACGCUUAGGUUUGUCGAAUAACAUUACUUACAUCAAACAAGAUUACAACUGACGGGGCGAUAAAGCUUACACUGCUUGAUCAUGAUUUUAAGCACAGUUUACGAUGUAUAGAUUUUUGAAGUAUGAAGAAGUCGCGUUUUAGAUUGUUUGUAUUUUUGUCACCCACCUUGUUUGUAUGCCAAGCCAAGGCACCCAGGGCCGAGAAAAAUUAUGUUGGAGUUCGCCCCUCCCUCUUCUUCUAGUUGUGCAUGAGUGGACUCCUGACUUAAUUGAGGGUCUAAUUCCGCCUCUGUUUUUGACAUAAGGGGAAACAAUUUUCCGUGUAUAUAAGAGCAUUUUCGGCAUCCGAAAAGUAAAGUAGAUACUGCAUUAAUGUAGAAUCAAGGUCUUGAAACCAAGCAGCAAAUAAUGACACUAGGAGUAAAUGGCCCUUUACCUCCCUUGACUAGGAUUAAGCUUUUCCUAAGAACACCAUGCUUAGUUAAGUACUAAGAGAGGCGGGCAAAACGAGUUUUUGUAUUCUUGUGUCGAGAGUUGAGGGGUUACUGAGUAUAGUUUUGUAAAUAAUCGCCAGCAAUGUAAUGUGUUUUUUUUUGAGACAGGAGUUUAAGAGGAACACCCCAACACGCGGAAAAAUUGUCUCGCGCGCGCCCCAAAGGAUUACUAACCGCGAACCUGUCGAGUGUUUAGGUAGUUCCAUUAUCUCUGAGAGAAAACAAGAGACUUAUCCUUUCUAGUGUAUUGUAAAUUGUAAAAACAAAUGUAGAAACAGAAAAAGCGCAGUAAAGCUAAAUGCGAUUAACGCGUUACAGUAAUUCAAUGGGCCGCAAUGUGAUAAAAUUACUGAUAACCUCUUUUUUUUUCUGGUAAAAAGUGGUGUAUAUUUUAGCUAAAGAAAAUUCUGACGCAAUUUCUAUAAACAACAGGUUUUUUAAAUCAGUAGCAUUUUAAAAGGAAUAAUUUUGCUAAGCAUUUGCAAAAGCUGGUCUACUGAAUUCUUUCAUGACAGUUUACCAUUGCAGCAUAUCGACUUCUUAUACGUUUUAAGGUCGUCGUUGAGACACACUGUGUUAUCAGCAGAAUCGUGCAACCUGCCAAAAUAUUUCCUUAAAAACUAUUUGUGUGCGCAAAUAAAGUCAUCGCAAAUAAACUGUAUUGUUUCACGAUUUCGUUUUCUACGAUAUACAUAGCCCAAAAUUGUUCUAUUGAAACCGCAAAGCUAGCUAUCUGAGCUACGAAAUUGUCAAUGACCAAUUGGUAGUGUUCUUUGAGAGUUUGAAGUAAUAUUAAAGUAAUUGGUUGUAUGUUCCGUCCAUGAUACUCUUAACAGCGCGGGCGAAAGAUCGAACGCCCCAGUCUCCCCUCGUUUUCCCCGCGUACGAUUUAACUCGCUCCUCGCCAUCUGAACUCCGCGCUCUACUACCUGAACGCCUGGAACAGGCAAUUAAAUACAUGGAAAGAAAUGUGCAUAAACACAAACAAAAAAACUAGACUUUUCGUAUCGAAUACCAAAUUUUUGACCGAAACAGCUCUAUAAUCAUCAAGUUAAGUACACAACACAUGGGUCCACAUAGGCGGUUUCACGUGGAGCACGGAUGGAAAAGUAUAAUUCCUUUACCGAAACGUCCCCCUGUUUUUAGAAGGAAACACAGCAAGCAUCUGGACUUCCCUUGCAUGAGACGAGUCAGAAGUCGAAAGUUUUAAAUUAGAAACAGAAAUUCACGGGACCUGCAAAAGGAAGUCGGAAGUUAAAGAUGACGUCUUAAUCCACUUUCUUUCCUGUUCCCAUUCACUUUCAAUCAGGAGCCGAUAAUCGGCUCCUGCUUUCAAUAUAAGGUAGGUUGCAGUAGAUGCGAAAAUAGCAAUUGAAUUCACUUUGAACAAUCAUAUUCUUAAUUUUAGGUAUUUUCUGUUUCGACUAACAUGAUAUGGGAACAUUUGCGUCCGUAACAAUAUAGCUUAUCCACUCCCAAUGAAGGUAUACUCGUGCGAGCCAAAUUAUUACGUAACAAAGACAUCCACCAGGGAUUUGCGCAAAGUUGAGAGUUUCCUCGUCUUGAUGUUUAGGUUUUUCGGUCAUUUGGAGUAAACUACUCCAAACUACACAAAAUCACCGUUAAUUUAUGCACUCCCACCUUUGCAGAAGGAGGUUUUCCUGCAAAUGUUUCGAUUUGCCUUGUAAAAAGUUUCAAAACUACUUAGUUGUACAUUAUAUUUGGUUGCACUUGACAAUCCUGACAUGGACAUACGGCGAAAUGUUGGUAGAACAUUCAACAAUAAAUAAGCUGUCGCCCGCUAAUUGGUCAACAGCUAUGACAUCAAUGCUACGAGAAAAUGUUAGAAAGUUUGCACGGUGAAGCCACUCAUCUGCGGCUCGUGGUUCCCCUUGAGUUUUGAAAAUUUUGACGUUAUUUCCGGCUAUGCGCGAAAACUGUAUAGACAAUAUAAUGGAAAAUAGACCUCUUUUUAAAGAGUUCAAUUCUCUUUUUUUCCUGAUGUAGGUCAUUUUCAAGGGAAAUUGCCCGUUGUGCGUGCGUAUACAUGUGAAAAGGACGAGGCUCCAAAGAAUCAGUUCCUUAAAUGCCACAUGGUCUACAAUGGGAAACAAAACAUAAACGCUAAAGAGGUCUUUUGCUGUCUGUUUAUUGGAUAUCCCUUUGUUAACCAAAGAGGUGAAUCUAUGGAUGGAAAAUGGUUAAGCACUCCUUAAAAACGAACCUUAUGUCGUCGUAUUUCGUCCAGUCAUUUGUUACAUUCGUAGCAACAUUUUACCUCGAAAAAGGGACCCUAUAUUCCACCAGCACUUCCCGCUUUUAAGCAAAUCUUAACGUUUCGAUUUCGAGACAUUCUAUUCCACUCUUCCGUUACGACCAAACGCACCUGUAAAUUUGACGCGCACUGUAAGUUGUCUAGCUUUCAGAGCUAGUCGCUCAGUUUCCUUUUUAGGUAAUUUUUCGCUCACUGUCCUGAAUUAACAUAUCGACGUCAUAAACGCCGAUAAUAGAAACUGUACAAGUGAACAUAGCUCUUUCCAAAUUGAAGGGACCUUUUUACGUUGUUAAUGUUUUAGUAAAGUAUUCCAGUCCUAGAACUGCAGAAACUGUAAAACACACCUUCUGCCUAUCAGUACAGGGGCGACCCUGUCACUUCAUUACACCGGUCCCGGGCGGGUAAAAGUGUCUUUUAAUUAUUUAAAACAAAUAUUUUUGAAGGAAGUACCAAUGGCUGAAUUAAAAGGACAGUUUACAGACAGAUUAGUACACAAUCUGAUGAAGUUAUUUCUUUAGACGAGAAAAGGAAGUCGGCAAUAACCACGAAAGGGCCUUUCGCAGGAGAUCCUAUAUUAUCCUAUAUUACUGUGCAAAAACCUGAAGUGCUUUAAUUCUUUAAUACGCCUGACGUUGAAUAAGGAGCUUUUCCAUAAAAAUGAACAAUUGAGAGACUGGGUCAAAUAUAUAUUUGUAUAGCUAAAAAAUAGUAAUUCAAAAAGCCAAACUGCUGUAUUGAGAAGGAAAAACGUAUCUAUGAAAUUUGAAGUUGCAAUUGAAUAAACUGAUUGGGCAGGCCCUUUCAUAUAUACUUUCAAACGUGAAAGGAGAAUAACAAUAGAUAACCAGAAUGUAGAAUUCAGAUUUUAGUUUAAGCUUGGGAUUAAUCGCCGAAAAAGAAAGCGAGGUACCGGGAAAAAAGGAGCGUCCGGAAAAACGGUAUUUUCAGUUAAAACAUUCUAUUCAAGGAGUUUUCCUGUUUGUCCAAAAACUGAGGCUCAAGUUUCUGAGAAACUUGGAGUAUAAAUGCUUAGCCAAGCGGAGCCAAUAAAUCAAACAGUAGCACUUGGCGCGCUCCGUGACAGAUCACCCGGGACUUAAAACAAGACAAGUCAUCGGUUCUUCUCGUACAAACUGAUCGCCAUGGAACAAGGUUCCAAGCAACGCGCUCGCUGCUUUAAUUGGAUUUCGCUCCUGAUCUUAAUGGCAGCGAUCUAUGUUGUACUGGUCUCGGUUUUUAUGGUGACUCUUUAUCGCUUGGUAUUGACACAGACUACAAGAAUUCAAACACUCGAGGCAAAGACAAUCGAACUUUCAGCUCGCGUCUACAAGUUGGAACUAAGUUUGACUAAUAUUAAGAGAUCUGAAGCAAAAAGUGUAAGUGAAACCGAUCGAGUUGUGCACGGAAAGCUCACCAGUAAGGUACGUUGAUAACUUCUAAGAUCUGUAGAAAUCGCUGCAAAAACAAAAGCGACUUUUGUACGAUAAAAUUAUGCAUAAGCUAAUGUUUUCAUUUGAAUGAACGCAAAGUAACCUGACUGUGUUUUGUUUCAGCAGACGCCUUUCAGUUCCCUUCAGUCAAGAGAUAAGCGCCAAAUGGGAGGUGUCCCACACCCGACAGGUGAAAUAAAGUGUUUCGUUUACUUUUUAUUAAAAGACAAACAUCACGAUAUUUUUCUCACGUUUUCUUGUAAACUACUCUAGAGUCACCAAGAUUCACUCGCCGAUGCACAAAUGGCCUUUGAACAGCGAUUGAAGGACAAAUUCAGUGUCCGAAGCGUGAGCAAACUAUUGAAUUUUCCCAAAUGACAUUGCCAAACUUAAAACAUCGCCAACGAUUUUAAGUUUGAAGCGUGAGACAACAUCUAUCUAAUAGGUAGUCCUCAGCCAAAGUCAGGUUCUGGUAUAGUAAUUUUUAGUAAGACUAGGAGCCAUUUUACAGGAAUUUCCAUUGACACAAACUGAAACAUUUCCGUCGAAAAAACUUUACGUUAGAGACCUUAAGACCCUAUCACUGUUGCUUAGUUUCAACGAAAAAUAAUCUCACCCUGUUUUAAUUGCCCCCAAAGUGAUCAAAAUAGGCAUUCUCAUCGUUAUGUUUAUACCAGGUUUGUUAACAUCGUUUGGGAGAAUUGCAAUACCGAUAGAAGGAAACCUUUUGUUCCGCAAUAAACGGUACACGUGUUGCCAUCUUCUUACUAACCGAAAACAAAAGAAAGAAAGAAAUGGCAAGUUCAUACUCUUGAGAAAGUAGUUUUGUUCGUUGGACGGCUGAAAAUUACGUAACAGAGUCUUACAGAGAGAGUAGAUCAGCGACAAGUGCAGAGACGUUUGCAACAUCUUUUGUCAGUGCAGUUUAACUACUUCCGCAUAUUUUGUACUCCGCCAUUCUUUAAAAAUUAAUGUUUUACUUUCAAAUGUUUCUCACAACAGUUAGAUUUGAAGUAUACUCAAAAGCGUCCACUAUCGAUAUAUUAGGGACCUUAAGCAAGGACGAAGACGACGGCAGUGAAAACGUCGGUAAAAAAAUGAAUUUGCGUUCUUUCAAACUUAAUCGCGUCUAUUUGGACCCGCUCAAUAUGUCAAAUGCAGGCGACUUUUCCUGGAGUUGAAUUCUUAAGGAUUUUAUUCAGGUUCAAAAAGAGGAAGGAAAAUUCGUCGUCGUAUGUCCACGUCCUCCAUAAAACGUCAAACAAGGAGGUUUCACGUAGUACUCUGCGGUGGACGUCAAAAAAAUGUACUAAAAAGCGUGAUGCACGUGCAGAGCUUUUGUUUUUAUCAGUAAACCUAUUGUUUUUUUGAAGUCGUCGUUGUGGUCGUCGUCGUGGCUGCUUAAGCUCCCUAAUAAUUAAAAUUAACGAAAAAAAGUGGGAAACCACCAGAAAUAUUUCCUUUGCGCCUUGGAAAGCCUCUUGGAUCACAGUAGUCCACUUCCUGUUAUUUUGCGGUUGAUACGUAUUGAUAAUGAUCGCCCUUUAGCCCAUGGUCAAUUUAAUCGUUUACAUUCAAAUGUUAAUCUUACACGGUCAUUAGUGAUCAUGAAACCCCCCUGAGGAUAAAUGGAUCACUAAGGUUUUAAUUCAAAACAGCUUUUACAUACCAAGGUUCCUUGAACAAGCUCCAAUGUUCUCUUAAAGCGCCUUUUCUGUCACAUAAUUUCUUUACAAGGUCUUAAACCUGCAGGUUAAACGUAAUAAUGAUUAAUAUUUGAUAAGAGGGCCCUCCUCGGACAUUCACCAUUUGUGCACACACUCACAACCGCAACGCGGAACCGAGAUCUUUGGAGCGGGAAAACAAAAUGACGGCUCAGUAAGUGCGCCAACAUGGAUUGCGAGGCGUGUGGCAAGCGCGAUGUGACGCAUAUAUAGUAUAAGAAUGCACCCGCCAUUUCGGUUGGAAAAAAGGAAGAGGAAUACGCGUCAAGAUCGCAUUCUUUGUCCCUGAAAUGAGGUCUGCCAAUUGUACUACAUUAGUAAAGUUGUGAGGCUGAUAUUUUCGUUUUCUUGAUAAGUAGUAAGUGUCGCCUAGCUUAUUUCAGUUCAACCAUUUUUAACAUUAGCUAACAUUGAAUACCGUGAAGUUCAGAACGAUAAACAGUAUUUUCUCAACAAUACGCUCUCGGUGUUGGAUUUGAAUUCACACUUCGCGUGGUUGCCCGGUUGGUGUUUGUUUGAAACUGUACUUUAUGCUGGCCCAAUGUUUUAAUAGUGAGAAAGAGUAGUUGCUCACUGUUCUUGAGAGCAAUUCACCUUGCCGUUGUGUUCAAAUGUUAUUCUAUCACAAAUAAUCACGGGUUGAAUAAUAAAUUCUCCAGUCAUUCUUGGGACGCUAUUGUUAAUCGAAAAAAAAAAACUGAUCUCCAGCUCCGGCUCGUACACUACAAGAUGGGAUAAAAGAAAAUUCUACCUUGCAUUUAUACAGAACAGCUUCUUACUCAAACUCCUUAAUUUUUCUUUACAGGUUACAAGUGUAAAAAAGGUAAGAUCAUAAGUAGCUUUAUUAUUAAGCACUCUCUGUGAUGUGUGAACCUUUUAAUUAGUGAAAUCCUAAAAUCAGUUUGCGUAUUUCCAGAAAUCGUAACCAGACUAAAAAGAAGUGUUUCAAAACAAGCCACAGAGCAGAGCUGAUCAAAAUACUUUUUGAAUUUGAUCGCUUUUUUGAGCUUCAAAACGUCGUAAAAAGUCGAAUUCAUUUCAAUACAAGCUACAGGACGCGCUUGUAACCGGAUGUAUUUUUUUUUGAGUGGUAGAUGGGCCUAUAAACUGAGGGGGCGGGGGAAGCUUAUAAUCGGAAGUUUACGGUAUUCUAAAACGUUUCAAAGAACAAGAAAAAUGAACUUUGAAAACCUGUUGCGCUAAUAAGUUUUCACAGAAAUAACAAUUGCAGUCCGUUUCCGAAUCUUUUUUUAAAUUUGUCCAUCCGAGCCUCCUCUCCGUUUUAAGCUGUUAUUUUUAUAUUUUGCUAAAUUUUGUGGCAGUCUACCCUGUUUUUGAAUAUUUUGAUAAAUCCCGCGACACAGCUCCUUACGCAUGCGCAGUAUUUCGAAGAAAAGAAACUAAAUGUCGGUCUAUCUUAGGAGCUUAAGGGUAAAACUUAUUUACUUUGUGUCCAAGUGUAAAUCCAGGCACCAUCACUGAAAUUGAUCUGACUUUAGUAACGCUGUUUUUCCAUUUUUUCUUUUAGUUUGCAAAGGCAAGAGAGGUGAGCGGUGAAAAUAGUUGCUUUGCUUAAAUCACAGGAUAAGCUCAGUCCCGAGGGUUUCAUUAGGCUGCCCGUUUGUAAGGAAUUAAUAUACGUGAAAUAUUUUUCUUGAACCUUUUCAUGAUGUAACAAUUUAUAAUAUCCACUAAAGUGGAGGUCUUGAAUACAGUAGACUCUUCGGUAGCAAUAUUUUGAAAUACACCAAAUAACUGUACAGCUGCCAAAGAAAAGACACAAAUUAUCCCAGCAGGGAGUAGAUGCAGUUGCACGUCAAGAAGAAAUGGGAAGGUGGUUACAUUUUUCUCUUGAAGAGCUCUUAGUUGUGGUAAAUUCUGAGCAAUAGAGGUUUGCAUGAACGUUACAAAGGAAGGUCUGCGUGAUGUGGGAGGCUACCUUACGGGUUUCUUUUUCUUUUGUUCAAAAGCAUUUUCUCGGACAAUUUCCUCUGUUAUUUUUAAGAGCAUCCAAUCAUCAACUUGCUGACAGAAAGAUUGAACUAAAUUUACUUUUUAAUCUUUCAAAUCUGAAUUCAAAUUUCCCACUAACCCUGGGUCAUCUAAACCCAGCUUUGAACAACCCGGCCCUGGGGUUUAGUUUCCCUUCAACAAGAUUAAUAAAAACGGCUUUCCCCAGCAGGUAUGAGAGGCGAACAAGGACCACAGGGACCUCAAGGUAUAGCUAUAGGUUUAGAUUAACUACCGGGGCCCUGGGGUUUUACCUCUGUUAUUUUCUGAUUAAGUAUUGACAAUUUCACUUUCAUAAACUCCAAACCGGCAAACAAACUUGCCUGCGAAUACAGCCAUUUCUCUUUGCUCCUCACCGCCAAGGACGUUUCUCCAGGAGAAACGUCUACGACUCAGAGACAGAAAUUCCAUACUGAUGACGUAAAAUUUGUCCGGAAGCUCUGAUUGGUCGACGUAGUAGUUAUAUUGUUUCACCCAUUGUUUACGAAUGACAGACAAAAGACAAAAGGCCACAAAGGUCAAGUGUAAACGUGAUUAACCCAUUACAAAACGGCAAAUAGAAAAAGCACCUGAGGUUUGCUGCAGCUCGUUCGCAAAAGAUCACAAAACUCUACCAUAAUCGACUAGGAGAAACAUGAAAUAAAACAAAUUUACAUUUGGAAUCCCAUGACUACCGGAUUUAUUAUGUAAACAUUGAUUUACGUCAUCAAUAUGGAAUUUCUGUCCUGAGUCGCAGACGUUCCUCCUGGCGAAACGCGUCCCUGGCGGCGAGAAGCUAGGAAAAACGGCUGUAUUCGCAGGCUACAAACAACCAUCUAUUACUCACAAAUUUUGCUCGUUAAAACAUUCUAAGAAAAACAGUUUAAAGUGAAACAGGCAAUACCAAGAAACAAGCUCGGUAAUACCAAAGUGUCCUGCUUAUUAUCAGACCAUAAAAUAAGAAUCACAUUCAAAACGUGGACUAUAGCCAGUCAAACCUUUCCUGACGGACGCCAACUUUACUGUGAACUGUGAUAAUUUCAAGUUCAAUUGAAAUCAAGAACUCAGUAUUUCUCAAAUAGAAAGUACCCCAGGGUUCAAUUUUGUCUUGAUAGGUUACGUUUAAAAGGUUAGAUGCUCGCAAAAAUUUAAGUUUUUUAAACCCGAAAAGAUAACAUCGUGAUUCAGCCAUUAAUUUCUCUGAAUUACCUUUCAGGGCCACCUGGACCGCCCGGCCCACCUGGCCUUUUGGUGAGUAUUACACACAGGUGCUUUCUUAUAAUAAUGAUCAGCCUCCAAUUUCUCCUGAGAGUCUCAUUAAUCGAGAGGCAGACAGACAAGGAGAAUUAAUGCUCAAAGAUUUAUUCUGGAGAUUAGCAGAUGAGGUUUCGAGUACAGAUGACAUGCACUUCAAGGUUGGGAGAAGUGAAUAGUCCUGUUGCGGCGAGAAAACGUGUAACAGGGACAAAUCAAGCGCACCACAGAUCAGGGACAUGUAACAAGGAUCUAGCAGAGCAGAAAAAGAAUAGCAAUGUCCGCGAACACAAGAAAAUGAUACAUGUUUUCUUUGUCAGUUGUUUUUUCCAAGUGUACGAAGACAUCGUAGUUCGUACAGUUGGCAACAACUAUUGAUUUGGAUUCAAGACUCGCGUGUCAUAGUACCCUAACAACAUUAUACUGACCUAGGUGACCUGUCCCAUGAAAUUCUUUAUUUGAGCGUGCGACAAUUUGUUAAUUUAUUUAUUUGCGGGAUAACACACACAUCAUACAACAUUUUGCUAAAGGAAAGCGAACCCUCUUUCAAUGUUAUUUUGACGAUAACAAGAUUUGUAACAGGUUAAACGCCAGAACAACAAAGGAUUGUCAGGUGAGCACGGAAUCAAUGCAUUCGUUUCGGGCGACAACAGUCAUUGAAGAUAAAAAGAUAGAAAGGUUUUUGUUACAGUGUAGCUUGAGAAAAAUGGGUCAGUAUAAAUAUUUCCUAUGAUGAGGAUUUAGGCAUGCAAGACUCAGAUCAAACCUUGUAUUUCAGAUGAACGAAAGCAUCCAUAUGGUUGGCAAAGGAAGAAACAUAACAAAUAACAGUAAGUCUUUACGAACGAAGGAGAUAAGUUUGUCAAUUGUUCUGUAUUGUUGAAGUGUGUCGUUCGAUACAAAUGGAUCAGAUAAUCAACAUAAGACGUUUUAAAUGUUCAGAACUCUGUGCUCUAACUACAUGUAGUAUAUAAUGGAUGUUUUCUGCAGUAGUAGCCUCCCAGGCAAACGUUCCUUCGUGGGGAGGGAACGAGUGAAGAAGCCCUCUAAAACCCCCUGCGUAUUACGGUUGUGAAGAGCUGGCAGCUUGAAAAAGUUUGUGCGUGAUGAUUUUAAGUAAAUUAGACAAUGGAACCUCAAUAUUACGAAUCUCUAUAUAACGAAGUCCUCGGCAUAACGAACGCUUUUCUUUAGCCCAGUAACGGCAAAAUAUAUGAAAACUGAGAACUCCGAUGUAACGAAACCUCGUUAUAGCAACCAAAAUUUUCCAGUCCCUCGGCCCUUCGUUAUAUCAAGGUUACACUGUAUGUAACACUGACUCUAACUGUCAGGUUAUAAUCUUCUUUUAAGAACAACAUCGUAUAACUAAAUGGAAUGUGAAACACAAGUCAGGCAGUAUGGAGUAUGAAGAGACCAGGGGAGCAAUCAAGGUGAAAAGAGCCGGUUACUACUUUGUGUACAGCCAAAUGUACUAUGCCGACGGUGGUGACAAAAUUCUUCAGAUGGGCCACGACACUUACAUCAGUGGCGAAAAAGUGAUGAGCAGUAUGGAAAGUAUCACUUCAAAAGACUCCAACUCUCGGCAGUACCACACAAAGUACCAUGGUGGCGUGUUUCAUGUUAAGGCUAACGGCACCAUGUCUGUUCGUGUACCUGACACGUUCCGUUAUCUAGUAGAUCCUACUCGUAGCUUCUUCGGGGCUUUUUUGCUUCACCUCUAA